AUGGUUGAUGUAUUUACUACUCGAAUGACAAAAAAACUAGAUCAUGCGUCAAUUGUCAUUAAUCGUUUUUAGGGAACUCGCUAGGAGAUCAGCAAACUGUGUGAUGUAGUCUCCUAUUUAAUAAGAGCUGGUUCUUAAGUCAUUUAAAUUCAUGACAUCACCAAAAAAUUACACAAUGAUAGACUUAAUAUGUAGCAAUAACUAAAACGAAGAAUCGAUACAGCAGCAUUUCGACAUAAAAAGGGUCUGUUUUAAAUAAUUGAGAGUAAAGAGGAAGAUGUAAUUAGAAUUAAAUAUUAGAAAGCUGAAAAUGCAGACCUAGUUGAAACUUUGAUUGUAUAUAUCAAUGAACAGCAAAAUUUAGAUGAUGUUUUAAGGCUUUCAUAAAUUAUUGGUAAAGAAAAGAAGGCUAAGAAGCUUAAUUUUACGUGUCAUUCAAGUUCUUAAGUGCAAUCAGUAGAAGAUUUUAAGGAAGGUAAAAAAUAGAAAUACGAGUAAUUGGAAAAUUAUAUGCACUAAAAUUUAAAGUGCUACUAGUAUGUCAAGUAGAAUUCUAAAAUAUCACAUAACCCUUAAGUCGUCCUAGCGUUUAAUAGCUAGAAGGAUAUCUUAGAAUUGCCAGGAUUUCCAAUGCUAUAGAAGGAAAUAGCAGAGAUUUUUCAAUGCGGCAGUUUAUUAAAUUAUCGAGCAAUAGACUUUAUUAAUAAUAUUGAGAGGUACUCAUCUAUCCAAUAGAGAUGGGGACUUUGA